AUGUCACCCAUGAAGCUUGAUCAAAUUUCUUCAUAUUGCGAUAAAUAUCCGCAAGAAGCAUCUAAUCUUUCACAAGUAUAUCUUGAUUUAACCACAGUCAAAUCGUGGGCUGAAGUAAAAGUUAAAGACAUUGAACCUUUACAAAGAUGUGUUUUACUCGGGAGAACUAAAUCGAAUACUCAGAUGAUAAUCAUAGUACCUUGUGCGUCAACCGAAAUUUGGUCACUUGAAAAGAUGACACAAUUAUUUUCUCAAUUACGAACAUUUCCAUCUUUUUUUAUAGAUUGUGAUCCGAACAAUAUAAAAAGUAUCACUCUAGCUAUUGCUUUCCCAGAUUCUACCGUGGUUUAUUAUAAGAUACAUGAUAGAAUUAAUCCUCCGUCUGAUAAUAGUGCAAUUUAUGACCCACUUGGAUAG